AUGGGUACCCCUCGUGGGCUGUGCUUGGACAAAGGCCUUUCAGGAGUGCCACAACUGCUGGAGGACCUCCAGAGGCUCUCCGAGGACAAGGACAGCGCCGACAUAGUCUUCCUGGUUGGAAGGGAGGAAGUACCUGUAUAUGCUCACCGUCUCAUCUUGAUGACCAGGACCUCUUGCGAGGAAGGACACUUAUCAGAUGACAAGAUAAAUCUCUUCUCAUUGAACUUGGCUUCCUUCAUCAAAGAAUCGCCCAACUCAUUUAGGAAGUUUUCCCCAUCCACCGCGUAA